ACACAGCCAUGGAUCUGAACUGUCUUCUCUUCAUCUGCAGCUUCAUCAGACUCUCAGGUGCGCAGGACAUCACUAUGGUCAGGCAGGUAUCUGUUCGGAGAGGACAGUCUGUCAUAAUUCCUUGUUUAUAUCAUCAGAAAUAUGCAUUUUCAUGCAAAUACUUGAGCGUUUGGCUAUCGAGUGAUUAUGUGGAGCUCUCAGACCAGAGUUGUCAUUGCAAAUCAGUGUUGAUCUCAGAUGACACGAAAGGUCACAUCUUCACCGUCCGCAUGGAUAAUGUCCAGGAGUCUGGCUAUUACUGGUGUGCCAUUCAUAUUCCUUCAGCUUUUGAUAAACGGGCAGGGUUUUUCUUGGACGUCACAGCAGACUCUCCGAGACUUCACGUGAACUCUCAGCAUGUGACGGGAUCUGAGAAUGGCAGCGUAACCAUCAGCUGCUACCAUCAGGGAGGACAAUAUGGUGUAAAAUGGUGUAAGUUUGGAGGUCAGUGCAUUACAGGAGCGUCUGGGAGGUUAGACGGAGCCUCGGUUGAGAUCAGAUACGGUCUGAGAAACACGACUGUGAGCAUGAGCCGACUGAAGAAGGAGCACACGGGAUGGUACUGGUGCUCGACAGAAGAGCUGCAGAUGCCUGUUCAUAUCACUGUCGAUCAGAAGAAGAGCAGAAAGAGUCCGGAUACAGCAGAGUCUGAUCAGAUCUCAGCCAGCGCUCGCAAAAGGACAGCUGUUUUAUUUCUGUUGCCUGUGAUUUUGGAGAUUCUCCUGAUCAUAGUCAUUUACUUGGCACUGAAACUGGCUAGGUUUUGCAAAAAAAUCUCCGCAAGAACCAGAUUAUGUGAACGUUAUGAAGACGUGACUUGGCAGCAUCAGAAAUGGAGGAAUGAAUCCGGUGUGUGGUUCGGCAGCCGUUUUCUGCAUCUCAACUAAAGACCUCUGUUAAAGAGCCUAUAUGAAGCAGGCAGAGAUGUUUUAUUUAUUUACCGUUUAAUUCAUUUUUAUGUGUCCUAUUCAGGGUUUUCAAAGCUACAGGGAACAUCUCUGCAGUUUAUUUCAUUUAUAACCCAAGGUCAUGGGUUCGAUUCCCAGGGAAGGCAUGAACUGAAAAAUGUCAGUGUGUACCUUGAAUGCAGUGUAAGUCGUAUUGAAUAAAAGUGUC